AUGGCCAUCAAUAUACUCUUUUCCUCCUUUUCAUUGCUACUCUUAGUCUUAGCAAAGCUUGGAGGAGGCCAUGCCCCGUGCAGUGUAUCAAGGUGCAGUGAUUACGGCCCCGCCAUUAGGUUCCCAUUCAAGAUCAAAGACCGGCAGCCAGACUACUGUGGCUAUCCCAGGUUCGAGCUAUCUUGCAACAACAACAACCAAACAGUGCUGGAGCUUCCCUUUUCAGUGAAGGUAUUGGUUAACAAAAUUGAUUAUAAAUCUCAACUCAUACAUAUAUAUGAUGAUGAUACAAAAAGCUGCCUUGCCAACCUCAGCCUCCCUGUCUCUCCUUUCCACUUCCAGCAUGAUUCCUACCUGUAUGACUUUGUCUUAUUCAAUUGCUCUGCACCAGAUAGGGAUCGAGGGUACUCGGUCCCUUGCCUUGAUGUCCCUGGCUACCAUGUUUAUGCCGUUGAUUCCUCCCGGGAAAUAGAUGACUAUUCCUUGACAUCUUGCUUCAAGAUUGCUAAUAUUUCCUCCGUUCCUUAA